AUGAGUAGCGCUGCUGACGAUGGCGCCGAUGAAGUGAAAGUCUUCCGCAGAAAUGAUGCGGAUGAUGUAGAAACGGCGCAGUCAUCACAUCAGUUAACAGAGGACAAAAAAGAUGUGGCCCUGGAGACAGAACUGGAAACAAGGACGCCAUCUUCUUCUAUUAUCGGUUCGAAGCCUGGUGCUUUCGUGAAGCCAUCGCCGACUUUUCCAACUUUUUCAGCCGCCACUCUCUCUCCAACUUAUGGGCCAUUGCCAUUGUUUUAUCCAUUCUUCCUACCGAACCAGGCUCCUUAUGGUUUGCCUUUCGGUAGGAUGCCGAGUGGACCGAUGGAUGCACGUUCAAUGUCGCCAACUUAUGCAGCAUUCGUUAUGCAGCAGGCGGCACAAACUAUGUCACCAACCUUCGAAAUGUAUAGAAAUUUCCCUUUUGGACCUGCUUCUCCGAGCUCCCUCUUCCAGGGUAGUGGAGUGGGUGCGGCUACCCCCAAGGGUAAUCCGUUGGCGGCAGCUACAAUGAUGCGCAGUAUGCAGAAUGCGGCUGCAGCGGCCGCAACAUCUCCGCAUCCACUGAAUUCAAUAAACCAAAUGCGAUUACCUCAGAUGGGUUCACCGAUCACCUCCAUGGCCAGUAACUUAGCCCAGCAGCCGAGCAACAAUUCACGUGGCAGUGCUAACAACAGCAAGAUUACGAAGAGCGAAAUCAAGCCGCCCAAAGUUAAGGAACAGCACAUUAAGAAACCUUUGAAUGCAUUUAUGUGGUUUAUGAAGGAAAAUAGGCCGAAACUGAUGGAAGAACUAGACUAUAAAGAAAGACAAAGUGCGGAAUUGAACAAGGAACUCGGAAGGAGAUGGCAUGAUUUACCAAAAGAAGAACAGCAAAGGUAUUAUGAGCUUGCUAAAACAGAUCGUGAGCAACAUAUGCAGAAAUAUCCUGGAUGGUCGGCUCGUGAAAAUUAUGCAAUCAAUAAGAAGAAAAAACGGAAACGCGAUAAAUCUGCUGAUAAUGGUGAACAAAAGAAAUGCCGGGCUCGAUUUGGUGUUGUAAAUCAAGAUCAGUGGUGUAAACACUGUAAAAGGAAAAAAAGAUGUCUUUGGUAUCGCGAGGCAUCUUCACCAGUCGGAGUGGUUUCCUCGACGACACCAGGAACCCCUGGUACUCCGUCUUCACUGUCUGGACCAGCUGCGGGUGGUGCAUUGAGCGGUCGUGAUACUGAUUCAGAGAAUGAUAUGGAUGCUACUGCUGCUGCUGCUGCUGCUGAAAGAUCUCGGUCAAUGUUAAAUCAGCGCUAUACCUUCACAUCGCAAAAGCGUCGCGAAACGAAAUAG